GGGCAGUUCGAGAUGGGCGUUGCUUGGGUUGCGAGCUCGCCGACUGUGUGAUUUAUCUACGAGUAUAUUGAAAUGGCGCAAAACCUGACCGUCGGCGAGAUUAGCCGCUGUAAUCCAUGGCUGAAACUCGACUGCCCGAAACUUCACGUCGCGACGCCUUGAGGAGUGCGCUCUGCCUCGGCCCGCAGAGCGCCGACAUCACCAUGACGGCCCCGCUCCCUCAGCGGACCCACUACGGUGCCGGGUUCGGGCGAGGGGUACACCGCCGUUCCCGUGGACCCACCCAAGGGCACCACGCUGCACUGCAGGCGAUGGUUCUUGGUCGAAGACGCCGCGCAGACGACGUGCACGUGUAUGUGUUUUCAAAGCGGCAUCACGUCGGCAAUGUUCUAGGAGGCGAACCACUCUUUCGACGCAUAUAUUAAAAACCGCCGAUUACCUUAAGGGAGUGUAAGAAUACCUACCUUAUGCAACGAUGCGUUCAAGCAGAUACAGCCAGCCAUUCCCUCGUCAAGCUUCAUACAUCUCCUCGGCGCACGUGGCUGUACACAAAGUCUUUCCGCUUAGGGUAAGGUACCUACCUACUCAACGUGAGAGAGAGAGAGAGACCGUCCAUCUUCAAUGUCGGAUAUACACGGCGUAAAGCAUGAAUAAGGC